ACCCCUCACACACACACUUAACGUCUCAUGACUGCUGCUCUUGAAACCUGAACGAGGCGUCGGGCGGGCGGUGUGCAGCUCCGGGGAGCAGGACAGGACGAAGCAUCAAUGCCUCCAGGUUCGCGCUCACACAUCGGCCUGAUCCUGUCCUCGAUCUCAGGCCUCCUGCGCUGAGAUAAUGAAAGGAUGGCGGAGCGGCGGAGCGGGGAUCACGGAGGGCUGACGGGUGAUGCUGCUGCAGCGACUCACCGGGAUGAGCAGCAGCAUCAUAGUACCAUGAAUCCAAAGGAGGACGCGGGACUGGACUGUCUCUCUUUGGAGGAGAUACUGAGGCUUUACAGCCAGCCCAUCAACGAGGAGCAGGCUUGGGCGGUGUGUUAUCAGUGCUGCAGGACACUGGCGAGGGGACACCGGAGGAGGAGAAGCACCUCCGCCGCCGCCGGAGCAUCAUCAGCGGAUCUCAGGAGGAUAUCUGGACCGGGGGAUGUACGGAUACAGAAAGACGGCUCUGUGAGGGUGGAACACCAGGGCUGUGAAGGUAAAUACAGCCCUUGCACAACAACAGAGGUGAUUGAGUCUCUGGGCAUCAUGAUCUACAAGGCUCUGGAUUACGGGCUGAAGGAGAAUGAGGAGAGGGAGCUCAGCCCUCCUCUGGAGCAGCUCAUUGACCUCAUGACCAACAUGGCCGAGGCCGAGAGGGAUGCAUGCCCCGACGAAGGCUAUGAGGCCACGGAGGAAGAGGAUGAGGCAGAAGACGACCCUGACAACAUCUCCAGCGUCCAUGGCUACAGAGAUAUCCUCAAGCUGUGCACUGCUCAUCUCCCCAGUCUAUCAGACGCUCCCAGUCACUACCAGGCAGUUUGUCGGGCUCUGUACACAGAAACCAGGGAGCUGAGUACUUUCCUGGACAAGAUCAGGAGUGCCAAAGAGAACCUCCGUAAGAUGGAGGAGACAACAGAGGAGCCCAGCAGAGACCUGAAUGAACUACAGAACGCUGACUGGGCUCGAUUCUGGGUUCAGGUGAUGAGGGACCUGCGAGAAGGAGUCAAGCUGAAGAAGGUGCAGGAGCGUCAGUACAAUCCUCUGCCCAUCGAGUACCAGCUCACUCCCUAUGAGAUGCUCAUGGAUGACAUCAGGUCCAAACGCUACAAACUGCGCAAAGUCAUGGUAAAUGGAGACAUCCCACCCAGGUUAAAGAAAAGCGCUCAUGAAGUCAUACUGGAGUUCAUCAGGUCCAGACCACCUCUCAACCCUGUGUCAGCUCGUAAGCUUAAGCCACAGACUCAGCCUCCUCCGACGCUUCAUGAACGGAUCUUGGAGGAAAUCAAGUCUGAGAGGAAACUUCGGCCGGUGUCGCCUGGUGAGAUCCGCAGGGGCAGACUGGUAAUUCGGCCACUUAGCAUGUCUUUCAGUUUUGAUGCGUCAGAUGAGUUUAGUCCGUACAUGGGCAGGAGGACCUCUAGCACUCUGUCUCUGAACAACGGAUUAACAGUUACCAGGGUUGAACCGUCCGGAUCUCAGUCUGCACCUCAGAGGAAGAGGCUCCUGAAGGCUCCCAGCCUCGCUGAGCUGGACAGUUCAGACUCUGACGAUGAGGUUUUUGGCCGCAAAUCAGCCAGCAGCUCCAGUGUGGCUACAUCUCUGAUGGAUGAUACAUCCCCAGAGUCUGCUGUGGGGAAGAAAACUCCACCCAGUUUCCUGCCCAUCUCUUCUACACCUCAACCAGAGAGGCGUCAGACCCCCCAGAGGAGACACUCCAUUGAGAAGGAAACCCCGACAAAUGUCCGACUGUUUCAGCCGCCCUGCAAACAGAGCUCCAAGUCUCUGGAGGAGUUCUGUUUCCCUGUGGAGUGUCUGUCUCUGACAGUGGAGGAGGUGAUGCACAUCAGACAGGUGCUGGUGAAGGCCGAGCUGGAGAAGUUCCAGCAGUACAAAGACAUCUACAAUGCAAUGAAGAAGGGAAAGCUUUGCUUCUGUUGUCGAACCAAAAGGUUUUCCUUCUUCACCUGGUCCUACAUCUGCCAGUUUUGCAAAAAGCCUGUGUGUGCACAGUGCUGCAAAAAGAUGCGACUGCCGUCCAAACCGUACUCCAGCUUGCCCAUUUACUCCAUCGGCUCGACCAACACUCUCCCCAGAGAAAGGUUGAGUGCCAUGACUGCUGUAGGACAAGGACUCUUUGUGGCUGAAGGACCGGGGCCAUCAACAGUGGGAGGGGCCACUGCGUCCCCCGCUUUGAAAGUAGAAACAACAGGAGCGUCUAAAGGAACUGGAAAAGCCUCUGGAGCUGCAGCUGCUGCCAAAUCUGAGAAAUCCUCCGGCAGUCCACGACGCCACAGUAUUCAGAAGACCAUGUCCAAGUUUUCAAAACACGGUUCUCUAAAGUCUCAUGAAGAACUGGAGCUUCCCUCGGAGCUGACGGAGGACUGGGCCACCAUGGAGGUGUGCGUGGACUGCAAGAAGUUCAUCUCUGAUAUUAUCGCUUCCAGCAAGCACAGCCUGUCACUGGCCACCAAGAGAGCUCGCCUAAAACGCAAGACGCAGUCCUUCUACCUGUCCUCCCCUAAAGGAAGGGAGGAGUACCGGCCCUCGGAACGAACAAUCAAGGAGAUCUAAAACUUUGUAUCUCUCUUUCUCUCUGGCUGCUUCCAGCUGCUAUGGCACAAUUAUUAAGACUCAACACUGGAUAUGAUCUUACUGUACAUGUAUACUUCAGUCAGAAAAAGCUGUCAGAAAGGCUGAUAUGAACCUUGGUGGUGGACAGUGUGGUGUUUGUUGCUGUGUCCUGAUCAUCGUGUAGAGCUACUUCAGACCAGAGCAUACUGUAGCUCUGCCAGUUUGUUUUUUAACCAUAUCAUAGAUGAUCCUUUAAUCUCUGGCCACAGACUUUUCAGUAAAGAGACAAGAACUGUUGUGAUGCAGCGUCACAAAGUGAAACGACUUCCCUCCCCUCAUUUGGCACAACAGCGUGGUCCAACCCAACUCACAUCCAGAUAAAUAAGCACAAGACGGAAGAAGGACUGAUGUGUGUUUGACUUCCUCAGGCCCUGGCACUGCAAAAGACACGAGGCCUGCAGCGAGUGACACUCAAGAAAAUGCGGAAUAUUAAACUGUACAUUUUGUACGGUUUUUCGUUUAGUUUUUUACACACGUGUUGUACAGUAAAUGAUUGUUCGAUAAAGUCACCCUCAGUUUUAUUGUACUGAUGAUGCAUCAUGAGACUUUCCCCCACAUUCCUCUUUACUAAGCAUACUUCAUAGCAUGCUGCUGUUUCUGAGGAAUCAGAGGAAAAGUUUAUCUCCUCACAUAAUUUUUUUUUUUGCAUCAUAUUCUGAAAAAAAAAAUCUGUUCUCAUGCAGAUUUAGUGCCAAAUGAUAACAUCUUUGUAAGUGAUAUGUCAUUCAGAGAAAAGUCAUUUUCCCUAAGUAUGUUUGCGGUGACAUUGUAACAUUGUGACAAAAUAGACCGAGCCCUACUUAUAAAUCCCCUGAAAACAUGGAUUCAAAUCUUGAUAUUUCUGAUUCAAUUUCAAAGAUUGGCUUUGUCAUGAUAGUGUGGGUAAAUUGGGUAACAUUUAGUUUUGCAAUUCCAUACAGUAAGGGGACUUCUAGGAGACAGAUUAUAAAAAGAAUGGUGAGAAUUGAAGCUAUAGAGGCGGAGAUAUUAAUGUCCAAUUUUGUGUGUGUCUCUGUGUCCAUUAGUCCCUAUAUGGAUCACACUUAAAGGGACAGUUAACCCAAAAAAAUCAAUACAUAUUUUUCCUGUUACCCGUAGUGCUAUUUAUCAGUCUAGAUUGUUCUGGUGUCAGUCACAGAGUGUUGGAGGUAGAGAUGUCUGCUUCCUCUCCAGUAUAAUGAAACUAGAUAGCACUUGGCUUUUGGUGCUUAAAGUGAUUAAAAAUACAUUUUUAAAAACUCAACAGUAAUGUCUCUUUCCAGGAAU